UCUGUGGUCUCCGCGUCUUCAGAACCCGACACAAUCAAAAUGUCCACAAAUAUUGAGUCCAACUCUUUGUCCAAACGAAGACAUAUUAUUGGCAUUGAAUCCAAAGUCAUCGGAAAGAAGAAGACUUUAAUCAGACUAUUAGAAAAUGGAGGCACUGUUGAGGAAGAGGUCAUUGAUAACAACAACUGUUGUAUUACUGAUGAAGAUUUGCUACGUUUGGGAGAUAUUGGACUUCAGAUUCAUAAACAUUAUGGAAAUGCAAGAGAUAUAGAAUGGGGUCUAAAAGGGGGCCAAAUAUUUAUGCUUCAGUCGAGACCCGUAACUAAUUUAGACAACUCUUACACCGAUUACGAGAUUAUGCAUGAAUUGGAUUCUUCACAUCCAACAGAGUUUGAAAUUUACUCUCGAGCCCAUUGGGGUGAGAACUUUCCCGGUUCAUCAUCAUGGAUUUGUUUGCAGUGGUUUUGGGCCAAUAAAACUAAUUUUUUCCGUCAGGAAAUACUAAACGGAACAUCGAUUGACGAGGAUUACAAUCCGUUCUUUGAAGUAAUGGGCAUUCAAUACAAUCAAGUGAUGUUCAAUCUAAGCAGUGGUCCAUUUAAUUUUUUUGCGGGUUACCCGGAGUCAAAACAGGCGCAGUCUAUGGUAUUAGCGAUGUUUGGCCAUCAGAUCGACGACAAAGAUGUCCUCCAAUUAUUCCGCAGAAAACAAAUGGAGGACAAGAAGCCGUCACUGAUAGGAAAAAUCCGGAUGUUUUCAUAUAUUAUACAUUCCCUACUUUUUGGACCCAAAAACUUGAUUAAAACAAAAGAGGAGACAAUUGAGAAGAAUAGGUACGAUUUGGUCGACAUUUUAAAACAUAAAUCCAACAGUAAAGACAUAUUCAAUACAAUUUUGGACAAUCAGUUUUUUAUAACAAACACGGCGUUGAAAAAUCACGGCCCGGUCUCUAUGGGGUCGGGAUUUAAAAAUAGCAUUUUGAAAGCAGUUCUUGAAUCAUCGACAGAUAAUAAUAACAACGUUGAAGACGAUUAUAACCUAAUGAUAUCUUCGGCGACAAAUGUGAUCAGUGCUGAAGUGCCAAAAAUGUUGAGUGAAAUCGCAAAGUCUAUUAAAGACAAGCAAUGGUUCCGACAAUUGAGUGAUGAGGAAGCGCUUCAAGUGUUGACCACUGGAAGCGAUGAGUCCUCACAGAAGUUUAGAUAUUUUAUUGAAAGACACGGACACAGAGGGUAUCGGGAAUUGGAUCCCAUGUAUAAACCAUGGAAAGGCAAUCCAUUGCCUUGUAUUAAAACUAUUAAAACUAUAUUAUCGGGAAAUGAAUCACAAUUUGACUCAAAGAUUGAAAAAUCUGUCGAAGAAGUUGUGAAUGGAUUAAAGACACCGUUGACUACAUUCAAGAAACUUCUGUUAAAACAAGUAUUGCUUCCGUGGACUCGAAGAGGGAUUGGAUAUCGAGAGCUAUCGAAAUAUUUCAUGAUUUGGAUGAAUAACAAAUGCAGAGAAGGGUUUUGGCAUUUGGCUCAACAAAUGACUAAAGAAGGACUCAUACCAUCGGUGGACACAUUCUUCUAUUUGACUGUGACUGAAGUGGAAGCGCUAUGUAAUGGACAAAGAGAUCCAUUGAUAUUCUCGAGAGUAAGACAACGGCGAAGACUUUAUCCAAAAAUGGAUAAAUACAAGUUUGAAGAGUUUAUUAAAGGGCCAGAAAUGAAACCCAGAAAUUUUGAGGACCGGAUUAUACCUCCAGUUCUGACCUCAGGUAUGGUUCAGAUGACGGGAACUCCUGUUAGUAACGGAUCCAUAAAAGCGAGGGUUUGUGUGUCUGAAGACAUUACAGAAGCCGAUAAUAUUCAGCCGGGCGAUAUUCUGAUCACGUACUCGACGGACAUCGGUUGGAGUCCAUACUUCCCAUUACUUUCGGGUAUAAUCACAGAAAUCGGUGGAACGAUAUCUCACGGGGCAGUCAUUGCCCGCGAAUACGGNCGGUUGGAGUCCAUACUUCCCAUUACUUUCGGGUAUAAUCACAGAAAUCGGUGGAACGAUAUCUCACGGGGCAGUCAUUGCCCGCGAAUACGGGAUCCCGAGUCUGAUAGCAGUGGAGGGCGCGUGUCGUGCCUUCAGGACCGGCGAUAUCUGUCUAUUGGACACUAA